AUGAGGUACAAAAACACAAUCCUAAACUUGUUACUUAUUAUUGCUGAUUUGUGGUUGAGCACAGGAGAUGAUUAUUAUGGACUUCUUGGUGUAAGCAGAACAGCCGAUCAAAAAGAGAUUAGAAGAGCUUUCAAACAAUUAGCACUGACUGAACAUCCAGACAAAAAUAAUGAUAAUCCGGAAGCUCAUGCAAAGUUUGUUCAAUUAUCAAGGGCUUAUGAAAUAUUGAAAGAUCCAGUUUUAAGGCAAAAGUAUGAUAAUUAUGGGGAAGAGGGUAUUGAUAUUUCAAACAAAAGACAAACUUAUCAUUCUUGGAGUUAUAAUGCAAACAAUUUUGGAAUAUAUGAUGAUGAUGAUCCAUGGAUUAUUACACUCGACGAGACAGAUUAUUUUGAAAGUGUUCUUUACAAGAAGAAAGUAUGGUUGAUAAAUUUUUAUUCCCCUGCCUGUGGUUCUUGUCACCGAUUUGCUCCAAUUUGGAAAAAAAUCGCGGAAGAGCUCGAUGAAGCUCUAAAAAUGGGAGUUGUAAAUUGUGAAGAUGAAUGGCAACUUUGUCGUCGUAUAGGAAUAAAAUCUUAUCCGAUGCUGAUGCAUUAUCCGAAAAAUUCAAAGUAUGGGGAGCAAUAUAAAGGAGAAAUGAGUUAUGCAAGUGUUAUGAAUUUUAUUGUGAAUCACUUCGAAGUUGAUAUUCGUGAAAUAGAAGAACCAUUGAAGGACUUCAUUUCUCGCGGCAGCAGGGAAUCGGAUCGGCCCAUGUUAAUAUUCAUCUGCGGUGCGCAACGCGAUUGUUUUGCAUCGACUGAACGUUUAAAAAUUGCAGCAACAUUUGAAAAUGUGAUCGAUGUGAAGAUAACUUAUUGUAAUAAAAAGGAAGAUUGCGAUGAAAUUGUAUCUCUUGAUACGAAAGCCGUUUAUUUAUCCGCUACUCCAUAUAAAAAUAAUACUUGGCACGUUGUUCCAUUUGAAGAUAUAGAUGAAACGAAAGAAUUGAUAAAAAAAGUAAUGGAGCGCUUACCGGAACCAUGUGAUCUCGACGCUAACGAAUUUCAGAAAAUUAAAAAACGUUUAAUGGAAGAGAAAACAUUUAAUCCUGGUUGGCUCAUUCACUUUUAUAUUGGGCAUGGAACGAAUUCAGAUCCAGUGCUGAAAAAACUUCUUAGUGUUAGCGAUGCCGUUAAAUUGGGUAAAAUAAAUUGUGGAAAAUAUUCGUCGAUUUGUACUAUGUUAAGCAUAAAUCGUUAUCCAAUGUGGGGAAUUCUUAAAACAGGAGGAGCUUUCGAGUUGUAUCACGGAAAAAAUUCAUUCAAUGAUAUUGUUAAAUUUGUGUAUAGUAGCAUUAAGGCAACUAAUGUAUGGGCGUUAUCCGGCGAGCAAGUAAUGUCUAUAAUGGAGAGAAACAAUGGUAACGAAGCAUGGUUUCUCGAUUGGUACGCACCAUGGUGUCCUCCGUGCAUGCAGUUUAUAAAAGAAGUUCGUAAAGCGUCGGUGGAAUUUCACAAAUCAAUCAUUCGUUUUGGGACCAUCGACUGCACUGUAUAUUCUGAUAUUUGUCGUCGAUACAACAUUCGUUCAUAUCCAACUGCAAUACUCAUAAACGGUACCAAUACCAAUAAAUUUUCACUACAAAAGACAGCAGUUAAUAUUGUUCGAUUCAUUAACGAAGCACGGCAUCGGACAGUUGUACGGCUUACCUUAAAAAAUUACGAGAAGCAACUCGGUCAGAGAAAAGGUAAAUUCAUCUGGGUGGUUGAUUAUUUUGCACCUUGGUGCGCACCGUGUCAACGGCUUACACCCGAAUGGAUCACCGUUGCAAACACUUUGUCUGUGCUCCCAUUUGUAAAAGUGGCCAGUGUAGAUUGCGAAGCAGAAUCAACGUUAUGCUCAACCCAGAGAAUACACAGUUAUCCUACGAUACGGAUAUAUUCCAAAGACUCCAAGGACCUAACUGUGUUCGAUUCUUACAAUGGACAUCGGGAUUCUGUCUCGAUAUUAAGAUGGAUUACAAAUUUCUUUCCUCGAAAAGUACGACCAUUGGAUCCAACUACUUUACAAGAGGGGGUAUUAAAUGAUCGUAGUACAUGGGUUGUGAAUUUUUUCAUUCCAUGGUGUGAACAGUGCCAACAACUGGAAUCUCAAUUCGCUAUCGUUGCUCAAUUACUGGAGAGAUCAACGAUACAAUUUGGUCGCUUUAAUUGUGAAGUCUAUGCUGCCGAGUGUGGUAAAGCUGGAAUUACAUCGUAUCCAACAUUGGUAGCAUAUGAUUCCCGAUACAACAGGAAGAGGAUUGCAGAUGGUUUUCGAAUUAACGAAAUCGUGGCCGAGAAAAUUAAAGACAACCUUUUAAAUUUUAUCGCACGUCUCAGUCACGACGAAUUGUGAUACCUUUGCCGUGUGUGUGUUCAGGCGCGAUGCGCAUUUCAAAGUAUUCGCCUUUUUUUGAAUUAAACACACUGUAAGGAGUAGACUUCGGUAGCCAUCUUGGUUUAUGAAUUAGGAAAUGCCGGCAUCCGACAGGCGGAAGACUCGGGUUUGACUGCCGGUCUGAUAUCUAAUCUGCCAAUUCUUUUCUCU